AUGGGUAAAGUUAAUUCCAAAUCCUUUCGUUCCGCCUCAAAUCCCUCAUCUCCCACAACUCCGACAUCAAGACGUUCUAAACGCUCGCGUCAAAAAUCCAGCGCCAGUUCCACCACGUCUCAGGACUCGUCAUCUAGUUCCUUGAUGAACGGCGUCACACAGUGCCCCUCCCCUUCAUCUUCGCAAGAGAGCCUCUUCUUACAAU